AUGCUUUCUUCUGAAGCCAAAUCCAAACAACCUCUGAGCCUUGCAACUGAUCAAACAGCCCUUCUUUCACUCAAACAUAUAUCUCUUUUACUUGCAACUAAUUGGACCAACUCCACCUCCGUCUGCAGCUGGAUUGGCGUCACUUGCAGCUUCCGCCACCACAGAGUUGCUGCCUUGAAUCUCUCCAACAUGGCUCUCUCCGCCACCAUUCCUCCACAGCUCGGACACCUCUCCUUCCUCGUCUCGCUCGACCUCUCCAAUAACCUUUUCUAUGGAGAUUUGCCACACCAACUGUCUCUCCUUCGCCGUUUGAAGUUCAUAUCUUUCCAACUCAACAACUUCACUGGAGACAUCCCUCCGAUAUUGGGUCAGUUACCAAAAUUAGAGCACUUGAAUUUAAGCAGCAACAGCUUCAUAGGUUCCAUCCCAAAAUCUCUCUCAAACCUCACAAACCUACAAUUUCUUGACUUAUCUUCCAAUUCUCUAAGUGGAGAGAUUCCAAAAGAGUUUGGGAGACUUCAAAGUCUACAAACUCUAUCAGUUCAAUUCAAUCGUCUAUCCGGUGCUAUACCAUCAGCCAUAUUCAACAUCUCAACCCUUGUAGUUAUAGCAUUGAGAAACAAUGAAUUGAGUGGAAGUCUUCCAACAGACAUGUGCAGUAAUCUUCCAUUUCUUGCUGGGAUUUAUCUUUCUAACAAUCAGCUGAGUGGCGCGAUUCCCACAAAUCUAUCCCAAUGUUCACGACUUGAGUAUUUGAGCCUCUCUUACAACUCUUUAAGUGGGGAGAUACCUUCAGAAAUCGGCUACUUAACAUCUCUUCAGAUUCUAUAUCUUGGUGGUAACAAUUUGAAUGGAAUACUACCACAUGAGAUUGGCCGUCUUCAAAGUCUGGUUACUUUUGGUGCUGAACAGAGUGAGAUUGCGGGCUCAAUUGAUUUCAAUAUUUUCAUGAAUAUGUCUUCUCUGCAAACCUUAAUACUAUGGCGUAACAAAUUCACGGGGAACCUUUCAAGGGAUGUCGGGAAUAUUACCAUGCUAACAGAGUUAUACCUCUCGGAAAACCAUUUUACAGGGCUUAUUCCCACUGAAUUUGGCCAACUUUACUAUUUGGAGAACUUAUCACUACAGUUGAACAGCUUGAGUGGUUCGAUUCCAUAUGAGCUCUUUAACAUUUCAACUCUUCGGAUUCUUGGACUUGUCGGCAAUGCUCUGUCAGGGGUUCUUCCAACCCAUUUAUGCCAUGCUUCUCCCUCUCUCGAAGAACUUUAUCUUGGCCGAAAUUCUAUCACUGGAGCAAUACCCAACUCCAUCUCUAACUGUUCUCAACUCACAAUUCUCACACUUAAUAACAACAAAUUCAGUGGUUAUAUACCUACUCAUCUCGGCAACCUAAGACUUCUUCAAAGUCUUCGACUACAUAGAAACAAUCUUACCCAGGCACCAUCUUCUUCCUUCAUUACUUCAUUGACAAAUUUCAAGUCUCUAACUCGUUUGUCAAUUGAUGAUAAUCCUCUAAAUGGUGUCAUUCCAGCUUCUGUCGGGAAUUUAUCUUCCUCGCUUUCAAUAUUCACCGCCGGCAACUCCAAAUUCAGUGGCAGCAUUCCUGUUGACAUAGGCAAUCUAAGCAAUAUGAUGGUAUUAGAUUUUUCUGGGAAUGAGUUAUCUGGUAAUAUUCCACUAACUAUAAGCCAUUUGCAUCAACUUCAAGGAUUACGUAUGUCUGAUAACAUGUUGGGAGGCUCAAUACCACAUGCUAUAUGUGAUCUAUUUAGCCUCAAUACUUUAGUUAUGAGCAAGAAUCAAUUUUCAGGCCCAAUUCCUAAAUGUCUGGGAAAUGUCUCUUCUUUAAGAAAUCUUUAUCUAGACUCCAACAUUUUGAAUUCAAGCAUACCAUCAAGCUUAUGGGGCCUAAAAGAUUUGAUCAAAUUAGACUUGUCCUCAAAUUCAUUAAAUGGGUCACUACCUCUAGAGAUGAGUAACUUAAGAGCAGCGAUCUAUAUAAAUGUAGCAAUGAAUCAGUUGUCAGGGUCAAUUCCCAGCACUAUUGGGAAGUUGCAGAAUUUGGUUAAUCUGUCUUUGGCAAAUAAUAGACUAGAAGGUUAUAUGCCUGUGUCUAUGGGAAGCAUGAUCAGUUUGGCAAAUCUCGACUUAUCGUACAACAACCUCUCUGGUUCAAUUCCAAAGUCUUUAGAAGCACUUCAACACCUCGACUACUUUAAUGUCUCUUUCAAUAGUUUAAGUGGAGAAAUUCCUAAUGGAGGUUCUUUUAGAAACUUCACUAUGGAUUCUUUUAAGGGUAAUGAGGCAUUGUGUGGAAUCCCCAAGUUCCAUGUCCAAAUUUGCUCUUCAACUAACCACAGAUCAAAGAGAAAGAAGGUGGAACGAACUUCAUUUAUUGUUUUCGGGCUUGUGGCUUUCAUCUCGAUUGUUGCUCUGGUCUUUAUAAUUGUCAGAAACAAAAGGAAAGUUAAGACGACUGGAGAAGUUGAUGAGUUGAUAUUCAUUGUGCCGGAAAGAAUCUCUUAUUAUGAACUGCUGCAAGCAACGGAAAGAUUCGAUGAAAGUAAUUUACUUGGCAUUGGGAGUUCUUGCUCUGUUUAUAAAGGAAUUCUUAACAAUGGGAAGGAUAUCGUUGUCAAGGUGUUUAAUAUGCAGCUAGAAGGGGUUUUGAAGACUAUAGGGUUUCAGGAGGUGAAUUAG